AUGGCCAGGUUAGUACAGCCUCCACCGAAGUACACUCCCGAAGAAUGGCACGCUUCGAACCAUCUUCAAUAUUUCAAUGCUGAACGGGAACGCGCUGCAGCAGAAAGGCUUCGAGAUGAAAGCUUUCGACUCGCUCAUGAAACCGAAGUUCGUACGACACAAACUCAAAUGGAUGUCAAUAAGAAGCUUGAACAGCGAAUCACUGAUAUAGGUUUUUGGAAAUCAGAGUUAGAUCAGAAGCAGGAAGAAACAGAAGACGAAAUCUCCACCUUACUUCAGUUCAAAGCCCGAGUAGAGAAAGCUUUGGCAGAUACAGAACUCCCUCUUAUGAUCGCUCAACAAUGUCUGGUCAACCGCGAAAGGCGAAUGAAAGUUGAUCUCGUCCACGACAAUGUGGAAAUGCAACUUCAAAAGGUAAUAAAGCGAUUUUGCGUUUCAUAUUUAACCAAUUUCUCAAAAUAUUCGAUGAAUGGUUUUUUUAAUGCGAUCGAUUUUUGUAGGAGGUGGAGGUUAUUGAAGGAGUGCAAGCCCUGUUACAGAGAACUCUUGAACAAGCAACUGAGCAAAUAAGGCAAGUCCGCCAAUGGUUAUUCUUUGUAUAUAUCUAGAUCGUAGAUUUUCUGUUGAAAUCGCUUAUAAAAAAAUUACUCUAAAAUAGUAAUAAUAUCAUCGUGAAUUUGCAAGAAUGCGUUCUGUCAACAGCAGAUGAUUAAUCUCGUGAAUCUUGAGGCUAUCACAUACCAAUAUUUUAUAUCCUUUUAUUAGCCGAACAUGUUAGCUUAGAUGGUCAUCUUUUUCUUCCUACAUAAAUACAAAACUGAAAGACUUUAAGAACUACGUACGGAUGUCAACAACCAUCAAUCAUUCCAUCAAAAGUACCACUUAUUUUAAAAUAGUUAUUAUAAUUACCUUCCAUGAAAUUACAGGCUUUUAAGAUCAGCCAAAUACUACUUGGACAAAGACAGGAAAGACAAGUUCCAAGCCAAUAAUAUUGACAACAAGUGUGCAUCUCUAGAAAAUACUUCAGCUGGGCUGCGCUUUGCCAAAGAUGCUGUUAAGGUGGAGAAAAAGUAAGUGAGUUGAUUUUGUAAUAGCUUUCCUCAUGCUUUUAAACUCAGAGAAACUUUGUUAUCAAUCUUAAUGAAUGAAAAUGGACCUUUUCAAUUAAAUUAAUGGCAAACUGCAGACCGAUUCCUUGUGAAAACUUUUUUGAGUUUGUGGGGAUCAAGGACAAUUUACCAAAAUUAAAACAAGUGAAAUUUUUACUCUGCACAUACUCACAUGUAGUAGAAAAACAGUGCUUUGAUUUCACAGUUUUUGCCAGGACAGGAAAAAAAAAGUUAAGUAUUGUAAAGAUUGGUGUCUUUCACUACUUCAUUUCAACAUUCGCCUUAAAUCCCUGUCCCUUUCACAAAGAGAUCUACCUUAUAAGCUAAACAAAUGUGAUCAAAUUGUUAUGUAGAGGUAUAAAAUCUGCAUCCUUCAUAAUGGCUGGUGAUCUUAGCUUCUUGUUUUCUUAUCAAAGCUUAUGUAAUCUUGUUUUCAGCUCUGUAACUCCUGAUGAAUGGGAAGAUUUUUCCAACAAGAAUGUUCUUAAGGCAGAACGCGAGAAAAAUUCUUCCAUUAAUCUGCGUAGCAUCAUAGAUGGUAUACUUAUGCAGACCUUAAGUGACCUUCAAGCCCAAUGCCAAGCUGUUAAUCUGACAUUCCAGAAGCGAAUUGAAGAAACUGUGGAAGCAAAAACAAAGUUAGAAAAACAUUUAGCUCAGGUGAGUUAUAGUGACCUUAACAACUUAAAUUCCUUCGCAACUGAUUACUUCAAUGUCUCAAGAGAUAUAAGAAUCUAAAUAAAAUCAAAUCAAACAUCAAGUAACAAUUGCUUGGCAAAGUUCUACCAAUUGACAAUAAAAUGAUGAUGAUGUAUAUUUGUUGUUAUAAAUAAUCAUUAUUACAUCAUAAUGAUUUUUAUUAACUAUAGGCUUUUUGGCAAAGUAUAUCAGUAGAAAUUAUAUCUGAUUCAUUAACCCCAAAUAUCUUUAAAUUAUCCAGAAAACAGGUUAUGAGAAUAGUCAGACCUAUCAGCUAGAAGUUAUCUUGAUCUAACACCAAAUUCUUACCACUAAUUUACAAGGAAACAUGUAGUGACCAGGGAGGAGAAUUAACAAGUAGAUAGUGGGAGUAAAACAGUUGACUUAACUUUUUUAUUUUCUUAGGUGAUGGAAGAAAUAGCUGCCAUGGAGCAGAACAUUGAAAUGCUCAAAAGAGCUAUUGCUGAUAAAGAGGCUCCAAUGAAGGUUUCUCAGACGCGACUGGAGAACAGAACCUUUAGGCCAAACGUAGAGCUUUGCCGAGACCGUGUACAGUAUCGGCUGAUAGAGGAAGUAUUUGAGAUCUCUACCAACAUUGAGCGACUGCGGGAAAAACUGGCUGAUGCAGAAGCAUCCCUCAAAGGACUGAUCAGGAAGCAACUUUCUUUGGAAGAAGAUAUUGAAGUGAAAGCAAACAGUCUUUUUAUUGACAGAGAUCAGUGUAUGGAGUUACGCAAACAGAUCAACCAUGUACCUCAUUGAAAGGCCUAUUUUAGGAGACAUGCCUCCACAACUCAAACAUUUUGAGAUGUAUCAAUAUUACAGAUUAGAAAAAGUAUCUGUUAGUGUUCUAACAGUUUUUUUUUUUUAUUAUUAUCUUGAGAAUCUUCCAAAAAUGGAACUGUCUAAGCCAUUUUUUUAAGUUGUUGUUACUUGUAGAUUUUUAUCACUUUUUUCCACUGGCACCCUGACAUUUCUGAGCAUUAAACACAAACUUUAAGCUGCAAAAAUGGUAAUUCUGACAAGUGAUUUUAGUUUUACUUGUCAAAUACUGGUUAAAUUCAAAUGCUAAUUUUAAUGUAAAUACAAUGAUGCUAUGUUACAGCAGAAGCUGUUUAGCAAUCAAACACAACCUUUCAUUGCAUUGUCCUUAGUCUUUUCUCAGUUCGUCUAACUUCAAUGAAUGUUGAUAGUGUGUGAACUUCAAUUUAUUUUCUUUUGUUGUUAUAUUAAUUGUUCGCGGGAAAACUAUUGGCUUCCUGUUAUUUCAGUGUAGACUAGUCAAAACUCAUCGAGAGAUACUGUGGGGUUACAUUUGUUGAUGCUUGACGAAGGUAGAACCAGCAAAGGUGUAUAUAUCGGUUGUUAUGGCCACAGCAUCUGUAAUCGCC